UGACUCAGCUUAAAUUGCCAAGUUAUGGACCUUCAAAGCAGUUGUUUUUCUGCUGAAUUGCUCUACCUAGAUUCAAAGCAGUUGGCUUGCUAUGGACCUCUCCAUCUACUCUGUCUUCAACUUGAUCCUCUCCUGCUGCCUUUGGGAUGCAGAAGCUCGAAAUUAUAACUCUAUAAUCACAGUGUCAAACGGAGGAUUAUGGGGUGUCUGGGGGGACAUUGAUUUUUGUCCUCAAGGUUAUGUGCAUGGUUUUUCACUAAAGGUAGAACCACAUCUUGUUAACCAGGAUGACACAGCCCUGAAUGGAAUCCGCCUGUACUGCACCGACGGCUCUGUAAUUGAAUCUAUAGUUGCACCGUGGGGAACAUGGACGUCCAUUCAGUAUUGUCCAAAAGGCAAUCUGAUUUCUUAUUCUCUGAGAGUGGAAGAGCAUCAAAGGAGUGGUGAUGAUACAGCUGCCAACAAUUUCCAGGUUACCUGUGAAGACGGAACUAGACUUAUGGGCCAAGGAAAUCACUGGGGUAGCUUUGGCCCUUGGAGUCGCCGUUGCUCUUCUGGGUCUGUGUGUGGGAUCCAGACAAAAGUGGAGGGUUAUCAAGGGAGGGGUGAUGACACAGCCCUUAAUGAUCUGCGAUUGUUCUGCUGUAGAUGAACAAGUGUUUCCACUCCUAUGAGUGGCAGUGUCUACAAGAGUUUGUUAACCAUGUAUGUUAAUCACAUUUUCGUAAUGAUCUGAGAUUUGUGUGCCUAUAGCCAUGUGGACCUCAUUCACGGUAUUCUGCAGGGUAAGAUAGAGAAAAAAACUCUAAAAAGACCAAUGGGGCAGAAUUAUGUGGGGGUUCAUUAACAAACAUGGAGAUAAAGCUUGAAUAUCCCAUAUACAAAAUGCUUGGAUUUUGAAUACAGUAGAGUCUCAUUUAUCCAACAUAAACGGGCCGGCAGAACGUUGGAUAAGAGAAUAUGUUGGAUAAUAAGGAGAGAUUAAGAAAAAGACUAUUAAACAUCAAAAUAGGUUAUGAUUUUACAAAUUAAGCUCCAAAACAUCAUGUUAUACAACAAAUCUGACAGAAAAAGUAGUUCAUUACACAUUAGUGCUAUGUUGUAAUUACUGUAUUUACGAAUUUAGCACCAAAAUAUCACAAUGCAUUGAAAACAUUGACUACAAAAAUGCAUUGGAUAAUCCAGAAGCGAGUGUUGGAUAAGUGAGACUCUACUGUAUAUAUUUUUUGAAUUCAGGAUGUUUCUGUUUGCAUAAUAAGAUAUCUUGGAAAUGGGAUCUGAGUCUAAAGAUGAAGUUCAUUUAUGUUCUAUAUACACCUUGUACACAAAGCCUGAAAAUGAAUUUAGCAUUUUAAAAUAAUUUAAUAUGUGUGUGCAUGAAACAAAGGCUCAUGAGCCAUCAGAUAGCAAGGGUAUCACGAUCUCUUUUUUGACACUUAUCAUUUUUCUGUUCCAAACACUAAAAUAUAUGAGUUUUGCAAUACAUUUUAGGCUGCUUCCACAUAGAAACUAUAAUGCAGUUUGGAAGUAGAUUAAAAUGAACCGGUUUCACUUUGCAGUGCCUAUGCAAAUAUCCCAGGAACUGGUUUGGGGCUGGGAUGGUGGCCAUAGUAUUCACUGAUUGUGGAGGAAAUACAUGUUUAUCCCCUUAACCAGUUCAUUUGGGAUCAGCCUGAAAAUGUGAUAGGGCACAGGAAAUGAAUAGCUUUCACAGAAAGCAAGAGUUUCAGUCAGUUGUAUUUUGGGGUAUGAUAAAGUGCAUCAGUGCUAGGGCUGUCCUGACAAGCGCUCCACAUUUUUCAGUCUCGGAUUCAGGCCCUGCACAGGAUAUAUUCCAAUCAGUUGCAAUGGAUUUUCUGGCUUAAUGUGUGCUGUAUGUUUUGGAGUGUAUGUUUUGUGGGCAAGCCAACUGUAAGCUGGCUUCAAGUUGCAUCAUAUGGCAUGUGUAGAUGCAGCCUUAAUUGCAAAUAGCUUAAGCUUUAUACCAAGCUUAGACACAUUGUAUCUAUAAAUUAUAACUUUUAAAAAUGUUAGACGAUGAUACCUGAUGACCUUAGAUUCUGCAUAUCGAAUAAUGGGAUUCCAAAUAGUAAUUCACCUUACUUACACUUGGCUUGAAUUUAUUCUGAGACAUAUUUUAAUUUAUUGUUAUUUUGUUAAGAGAAUUAGUAACCCCCCCCCCCACCAAGAUAUGUUUAUAAUUAAUUUAAAAACAAAUGCGGAGUUGAUAACCUGUGACCCAUCUGCUAUUGUUAGACUAAAAUUCUCAGGUUCCAUGGUCCUUGUUCUUAUUAGUUGGAUCAGAUGGAAAUCUGAAUCUGGGAAGAAAUAGAGGACCAUAUGUUCUCAGUGUAAUGGUUUAUUAAAUCAAAGUUAUAGAAGAGUAUAACUUAUCAUUAUACAGUUGGCCCAUUGCAUUUUUUGGGGAGUGGUUCCAAGACACCCAUACUCCCUACAGAUUCCAAGAACACAGAUGCUCAAAUACCUUAUAUAGAGAGUGCUUAAGUGAGCAAAGAGCUGAGGUGUCCACCUUGCAAUCCAUUCUAUUGCUUUCCAUCCUCACCUUGAUGACAACUGCUACACAUGCACACAUGAACUCCAGCCUCCCCAAUCCACCCUGACAACCAGUUCCUUCUCACAUACUCUCUUUCCUGCUAACAUAUCCUGCUAACAUUGCAUCAGAUAACUGAGAAGAGAGAAAAAAAAUUAAUUUGGUGCUGAGACAAUGAUACUAUUUGAGCUAUAUGGCCCACACUGGAGAAAGCAUUCUAAAGCCAGAGAGUUACAACUGAAAAGUUCUUCUUAAUUCAGUAACUGUCCUCCUUGUGAUGUUCUGUAUUCAUAUAGGCCCCUUCUACACUGCCCAAUAUUCCAGGAUCUGAUUCCAGAUUAUAUAGCAGCAGAGACUCAUAUAAUCUAGUUCAAAGCAAAUAAUUUGGGAAGAGAUCUCGGGAUAUAGGGCACUGUAGAUCCAGCUCCAUAGUGUCUUGUUGCAUUUGUUAGAUAAAGUAAAUAUAAAUACGUAUCCGCAGAGCUUUCCUGCAGGAAACUAUGGGGUGAUGAUACUUGAGGCUGGAAAGCCACCAAGGACUAGGUGUGAAUUGAUCUUAGGAUUCUAGGCUGAUUCCAGUUUCCAUUAGCACUAAAAAUGUAUGAGCAAAACAGUUGUUCAGGAUCAUGGACAUAGAACUGAGAGGCAAGAUACCAUCAAGCUUUGGCAGCUGAUGGCUUUCAUGAUAGUGGAUUAGUGAACACAUGGCAAGAUUUAGAUGGGGUGUCAAAUGGGCUAUCCAAGAUGCUGAAUUUAUUUUGGAAAAAAAUUCAACACCUGGCAUAGCUAAAACUUGGAAAAGAUUCCCCAUCCGAAAUGGAUCUCUCUAUGAGAACUGUUUUCAUCUUGAUUCUUUCUUGUUGCAUCCAUGGUGUAGAAGGCUGACUUUUUUUCUAUCUCCAUGAUUCUAACCAAGGACAAGAAAUUGAUUGGGGGAUGGCAUGAUUUUGCCCCAUUUAUCAUGCUAAUGGAUUCUCCUUAAAGGUAAAUAUUUUUCCGAGCAGUCAUUUUCAGGUAUUCUAGUAGUCCAUAUCAAAUUUCACCCAAAUUGAUCACUCCAGUUUGAUUCCACUCAUGGUUCACCUGCUGCUUUUCCUCCUGUUAUCAAGAAUCAGGAGGUAUCUGCUCCAGAGGAUAAGCACACAGAUUGCCAGUGUAUGUGCUUCAUCAAAGUGUUCCAUCAGCAUAACUACCCAUUGUGUUUACUGGACUUCUUCCUUUGUAUAAACUGGACCGAGCAAUUAAUCCCAUCACAGACUAUUUUGCAUAUCGUAGCACUGCAUUCCAGAGGUCCCCUCCGGGGCAGACUUUUUAACAGACGCAUGCUUCAAAUUAACAAAUAACAGCUCCUUUAAUUUCCUGCUGCCAUGAGGACCAAUCACCGGACUGCCUCAUAGAUCCAGCAACCAAUGACAGCCCGGAUCCUAGCUGGGGCAGCUUUCAGCCAAUCAGAGGCUGGCACGGGUGUUUUGAAUAGCUAUCAAAAGUGUAUAAAUAUGUUCUGUAUUUUGCAUUGAGUUAUGUCGGAUCUUUGAGAGAGCAGACUCUGACAUCUUGUCAGGCCUGAAAGAAAUAAACCUCUGUUCCUGUUGCCUUCAAA